AUGCGGCAGCCUGGCCCCAGCGGCCGCCGCCCCCUCCUGAUGCUGCUACUGCUGCUCCUCGCAGCCGCCGCCUCCGCCACCGGCCCCAGUCCCAGCCCCAGCCCCAGCCAGGCCAUCGAGGUCGCGGGGGAUCUGGGCCGCCCGGCCGGCGUUGCUGCCUGUCGCUGCUGCCUAGGCCAGACACCUAGGAGGAGCCGAUGCAUACGAGCCUCCUGCAGGGUCCGAAGCUGCCCACCUGAAAAGUGUACAGGUCCCCAGCGGUGCCUGACCCCAGCACCUCCAGUGCCAAGCCCCAGCCCCAGCCUGACGAAGAGACAGGUGUCCCUCAACUGGCAGCCGCUGACACUACAGGAGGCCCGUGCUCUGCUGAGGCGACGGCGGCCCAGAGGGCCUGGGGGCCGGGCACUACUGAAAAGGAGGCCCCCACAUCGCGCCCCUGCCGGCCAGGCCCGGGUCCUAUGUCCCUUGAUCUGUCACAACGGCGGUGUGUGCAUGAAGCCUGACCGUUGCCUCUGUCCCCCGGACUUCGCUGGCAAGUUCUGCCAGUUGCACUCUUCUGGUGCCAGGCCCCCGGUCCCAGCCAUGCCAGGUCUUACCCGCUCCGUGUACACUAUGCCGCUGGCCAACCACCGCGACGACGAACACGGCGUGGCGUCUAUGGUGAGCGUGCACGUGGAGCACCCACAGGAGGCAUCGGUGAUAGUGCACCAGGUGGAGCGUGUGUCCGGGCCUUGGGAGGAGGCAGACCCCGAGGCUGUGGCCAGGGCUGAGGCGGCAGCACGGGCAGAGGCGGCAGCGCCCUAUACGGUGUUGGCACAGAGCGCGCCACGCGAGGACGGCUACUCAGACGCCUCGGGCUUCGGUUACUGCUUUCGGGAGCUGCGCGAAAGCGAAUGUGCAUCGCCGCUACCCGGGCUCAGGACGCAGGAUGUUUGCUGCGGAGGGGACGGCUUGGCCUGGGGCGUUCACGACUGUCAGCCGUGCUCGGAGCACCUGGGGAACUCCAACCGAGCAGGUAGCCCAGAUGGACCGUGUCCGACUGGCUUUGAGAGGGUUAAUGGAUCCUGUGUAGAUGUGGAUGAGUGCGCAACAGGUGGGCGCUGCCAGCAUGGGGAGUGUGCCAACACACGCGGCGGGUACACAUGUGUGUGCCCUGAUGGCUUCCUGCUCGACUCAUCCCGCAGCAGCUGCAUCUCCCAACACGUGAUCUCAGAGGCGAAGGGCCCCUGCUUCCGCGUGCUUCGCGAUGGAGGCUGCUCCUUGCCCAUUCUGCGCAACAUCACCAAACAGAUCUGUUGCUGUAGCCGGGUGGGCAAGGCUUGGGGCCGAGGCUGCCAGCUCUGCCCACCUUUUGGCUCAGAGGGUUUUCGGGAGAUCUGCCCCGCUGGCCCUGGCUACCACUACUCAGCCUCUGACCUCCGAUACAACACCAGACCCCUAAGUCAAGAGCCACCUCGAGUGUCUCUCAGCCAGCCACGUGCUCCACCAGCCACCCCUCGGCCACCCACAGGCUUUCUGCCCACCCGUCAUCCGGAGCCACAUCCGGAGCCUCGGCCUGGCCCUGACCUUCCCCCACCCAGCAUCCCUGCUUGGACUGGUCCUGAGAUUCCUGAAUCAGGUCCUUCCUUGGGUGUGUGUCAGCGCAACCCCCAGAUCUGUGGCCCGGGACGCUGCAUACCCCGGCCCAGUGGCUACACCUGUGCCUGCGACUCUGGUUUCCGGCUUAGUCCCCAGGGUACCCGCUGCAUCGAUGUGGAUGAAUGUCGCCGUGUGCCCCAGCCUUGUACUCCUGGGCGCUGCGAGAACAUACCAGGCAGCUUCCGCUGCGUGUGCGGCCCGGGAUUCCGAGCCGGCCCGAGGGCUUCGGAGUGCCUGGACGUGGACGAGUGCCACCGCGUGCCGCCGCCGUGUGACCGCGGGCGCUGCGAAAACACGCCAGGCAGCUUCCUGUGCGUGUGCCCCGCUGGGUACCAGGCUGCACCGCACGGAGCCAGCUGCCAGGAUGUGGAUGAGUGCACCCAGAGCCCAGGCCUAUGUGGCCGCGGGGUCUGCGAGAACCUGCCGGGCUCUUUCCGCUGUGUUUGCCCGGCUGGUUUCCGGGGCUCGGCGUGUGAAGAGGAUGUGGAUGAGUGUGCCCAGGAGCCACCACCCUGCGGGCCAGGCCGCUGUGACAACACGGCUGGCUCCUUUCACUGUGCCUGCCCUGCUGGCUUCCGCUCCAGAGGACCGGGGGCCCCCUGCCAAGAUGUGGAUGAGUGUGCCCGUAUCCCCUCGCCCUGCGCCUAUGGCCGGUGUGAGAACACAGAAGGCAGCUUCCAGUGUGUCUGCCCCACAGGCUUCCAACCGAACGCUGCCGGCUCCGAGUGCGAGGAUGUGGAUGAGUGUGAGAACCAUCUGGCGUGUCCUGGGCAGGAGUGUGUGAACUCACCUGGAUCCUUCCAGUGCAGGGCCUGCCCUGCUGGCCACCACCUGCACCGUGGCAGAUGCACUGAUGUGGACGAGUGCAGUUCAGGCGCCCCCUGCGGUCUCCACGGCCACUGCACGAACACGGAAGGCUCCUACCGGUGCAGCUGCGCGACGGGCUACCGAGCACCGUCGGGUCGGCCCGGACCUUGCUCGGACAUAAAUGAGUGUCUGGAAGGUGAUUUCUGCUUCCCCCACGGCGAGUGCCUCAACACCGACGGCUCCUUUGCCUGUACUUGUGCCCCCGGCUACCGGCCCGGACCCCGCGGAGCAUCCUGCCUUGAUGUGGACGAGUGCAGCGAGGAGGACCUUUGCCAGAGCGGCAUCUGCACCAACACUGAUGGCUCCUUCGAAUGCGUCUGCCCUCCCGGACACCGCGCCGGCCCUGACCUGGCCUCCUGCCUUGACAUUGACGAAUGUCGAGAGCGGGGCCCAGCCCUGUGCGGGUCCCAGCGCUGUGAGAAUUCCCCCGGCUCCUACCGCUGUGUCCAGGACUGCGAUCCUGGCUACCACGCGGGCCCCGAGGGCACCUGUGACGAUGUGGAUGAAUGCCAAGAAUAUGGUGCGGUGAUUUGUGGAGCUCAGCGCUGUGAGAACACCCCUGGCUCCUACCGCUGUACUCCAGCCUGUGACCCCGGCUAUCAGCCCACACCAGGGGGUGGAUGCCAAGAUGUGGACGAAUGCCGGAACCGGUCCUUCUGCGGUGCCCAUGCUGUGUGCCAGAACCUGCCUGGCGCCUUCCAAUGUCUCUGUGACCAGGGCUACGAGGGGGCAAGAGAUGGGCGUCACUGCGUGGACGUGAAUGAGUGUGAAACACUACAGGGUGUGUGCGGAACUGCCCUGUGUGAGAACGUUGAAGGCUCCUUCCUGUGCCUCUGCCCCACCAGCCCUGAGGAGUUUGACCCCAUGACUGGACGCUGUGUGCCCCCGCGGACUUCUGUUGGCACCUUACCGGGCUCUCAGCCCCAGGCACCUGCCAGCCCCAGUCUGCCGGCCAGGCCACCCCCGCCUCCCCUACCUGGCCGGCCCAGCACACCCAGGCAGGGUCCUGUGGGCAGCGGGCGCCGGGAGUGCUACUUUGACACAGCGGCCCCGGAUGCAUGUGACAACAUCCUGGCACGGAACGUGACAUGGCAGGAAUGCUGCUGUACUGUGGGCGAGGGCUGGGGCAGCGGCUGCAGAAUCCAGCAGUGCCCAAGCACUGAGACUGUUGAGUACCAGUCGUUGUGCCCCCAUGGCCGGGGCUAUCUGGCGCCCAGUGGAGACCUGAGCCUCCGGAGAGAUGUGGACGAAUGCCAGCUCUUCCGAGACCAGGUGUGCAAGAGCGGCGUGUGCGUGAACACAGCCCCAGGCUACUCGUGUUAUUGCAGCAAUGGCUACUACUACCAUGCACAGCGGCUGGAGUGCGUUGAUAACGACGAGUGCGCUGACGAGGAGCCAGCUUGCGAGGGCGGCCGCUGCGUCAACACGGUGGGCUCCUAUCACUGCACAUGCGAGCCCCCACUCGUGCUGGACGGCUCUCGGCGCCGCUGCGUGUCCAAUGAGAGCCAGAGCCUCGAUGACAAUCUGGGCGUGUGCUGGCAGGAAGUGGGACCUGACCUGGUUUGCAGUCGCCCUCGGCUAGAUCGUCAGGCCACCUACACAGAAUGCUGCUGCCUCUAUGGGGAAGCCUGGGGCAUGGACUGUGCCCUGUGCCCUGCCCAGGACUCAGAUGACUUCGAGGCCCUGUGCAAUGUGCUGCGUCCCCCUGCAUAUGGUCCCCCACGGCCAGGUGGCUUUGGACUCCCCUAUGAAUAUGGCCCAGACAUAGGCCCACCUUACCAGGGCCUUCCCUAUGGGCCUGAGUUGUAUGCUCCACCUGUGUUACCCUACGACCCUUACCCACCACCACCUGGGCCUUUUGCCCGCCGGGAGGCCCCAUAUGGGGCACCACCCUUCGACAUGCCUGACUUUGAGGACGAUGGUGGCCCGUAUGUUGAAUCUGAGGCUCCUGCCCCUUCCGGCCGGGGCACUGGCUGGCCCUAUCGGUCCCGCGACACUCGUGGCUCCUUCCCAGAGUCUGAGGAGUCUAAUGAAGGUGGAGGCUAUGCAGGUGCCCUGUCUGAGCCCUACGAAGGGCUGGAGGCGGAAGAGUGCGGGAUCCUGGAUGGCUGUGCGCACGGCCGCUGUGUGCGUGUCCCUGAAGGCUUCACCUGUGACUGCUUCGACGGCUAUCGCCUGGACAUAACCCGCAUGGCCUGCGUCGACAUCAACGAGUGUGACGAGGCGGAGGCGACCUCCCCGCUCUGCGUGAACGCGCGCUGCGUCAACACGGACGGCUCCUUCCGCUGCGUCUGCCGCCCGGGAUUCGCGCCCACGCACCAGCCGCACCACUGCGCGCCCGCGCGGCCCCGGGCCUGAGCGCGCGUGCCCGCCCCCCACCGCACCUGCGCACGGGGCCCUGCGGCGCGCGCCGGCUGCCCGCUCCUGCGCGUGCGCACAGGGACUCCACCGACAGAGGAUGGAUGGACUGACCCAAAGACCCGCGCCUUUCACUGCUGCCCCGCCCUGCCCUCCCGCCGCGCCCGGACCUGGCCUCGCCCUUGACCCCCUUGACCCCCUUCCCUUCCUUUUAUAAAAUUUUCAAUUAAAAACGCCUAUU